CAAACAAAGAAUGCGGAUCGAGGCUUGGGCGCGGUAUUCGUGGAAGAAAGACAGGGCAUAUGACGACAAGAGGGGAAUGGACGUGAUGUUCCGGACGAUGAGGGAAGAGAUCGCGGUGUUGGAGGGGAAAAGCAGAGAGCUCCGACAGAUCGUCCAGGACUUCUUGGCGCUGGUCAAGGACGCGACGGGGAUGGGCUCGAGUCUUCUGUCCGCGCAAUCGGGCCACGCACAAUCCCGCACCAGGCUCGAGGUUCCUCUGAAAGCCUCGACGCCGUUGCGACAUUCCAUCACGGCUUCUCAGAUUUCCGACACCCGUGCCCGUAUUCCUCCCACCCCUUCCAUACUCCCAGCAAACGAUGCCGAUCUUCAUGUAUCAUCCCCAGUUGUGGCUCCGUCCAUACCAUGAUCCUGAGUUCAAAUAUACCUAUAUUUUUGAGAAAUAUAUUCAACGCAAGGCGGCGCUCUCCCAAUGUGACAUUUCGGUGAAUCGGGCAUUCGAGAAUGUCAAGCCAAUGGAACCACGGUAACAAGUAUUCCACACUGAGCCGCGCCUACACCAUCUACACACUCACGCGUCCGGGAACAGCUCGUUCCUCACCUCCUCCGCUUCCGCCUCCUCCGCGCCCAUGGGCCCUUCUGGUUUAUGGCGGACCGGUUCCGGGAUCGCCUGCGACUCGGAAGCACCUGGUGACGACGACGACGACGACGACGCAGCCUUGACCUCCGCGUCAGACGUGGCCGGCGAUAAGCUGGAUUCUGUCGAGUGCUGAACUGCUGGGGCGUUAUCCGCGACUUUCUCCUCCGCCGCUGCCACGGAAGCAGAAGCCG